UUGAGACAUUGGUGUUGUAGUGCGUAAACGGUGCACUAAUCAAAUUUGGUCGGGUGUACUGUGGAUUCCCCUGAAAAUAGGAGCAGGUCAAGGCCAGAUCAUCCAAACUGACCAGGCCGACGAAGAUGGAGUACGAGAACAAACUCGUCCUUGCUCCCAUGGUUCGCAUUGGGACGCUGCCAUUUAGAUUACUGGCUGCCGAAUAUGGUGCGGAUAUAACCUACGGUGAGGAAAUUAUCGAUCACAAACUUGUCAAAUGCGACCGCAGAUUAAAUGAGAAAAUAGGGUCCAUUGAUUUUGUUGAGAAGGGGACAGGAAGUGUCGUUUUCAGGACUUGUGAUGAGGAAAAAGAUCGAGUAGUGUUUCAAAUGGGCACUUCUGAUGCUGUAAGGGCUCUCAUGGCUGCUCAGAUGGUGUGUAAAGAUGUUGCAGCAGUGGAUAUAAACAUGGGUUGUCCAAAAUCAUUUUCUGUGAGUGGGGGAAUGGGUGCCGCAUUAUUGACUAAACCAGAUCUUAUUCAUGAUAUUUUGACUACAUUAAGGAGGAACAUGAGUAUACCAGUGACUUGUAAGAUUCGACUACUAAAAUCAUCUCAGGAUACUGUGGAAUUGGCCAGGCGAAUUGAAAAAACUGGAGUUUCUGCUCUCGCUGUCCAUGGAAGAAAAGUUCCAGAUAGGCCACGAGAUCCGGCUAAGUGGAGUGAGAUUGCUGAUGUUGUAGCAUCACUAUCCAUUCCAGUUAUAGCAAAUGGCGAUGUUUUUGAGUAUGACGAUUUUCAGCGUAUUAAAGUUGCUACAGGUACCUCAUCUGUGAUGGUUGCAAGAGGAGCACUUUGGAAUGCUUCAAUUUUCUGUCCGAAGGGAAAAUUACCAUGGGAAGACGUGAAGAGAGAAUAUGUUAGGAAGAGUAUCUUAUGGGAUAAUGAUAUUAAAAGCACAAAGCACACACUGAAAGAAAUGAUAAUGCAUCAUUCUUCCCUUGAACUCCCAGAAGGAAAGGCUGUGACAAAAUCAGAUUCCUUGGUAGAUUUAGCGCGGCUCUAUGGAGAGGAGAAGAGUUAUGAUUUUUUUGUUAAAAACUGAUUCUUUGUAAAUGAAAAGUAGAUAUAUAUUGAUCGUGAUCCUUGCCUCCAUCUUCAGGACAACCAAGUGAGUUUUGCUUUUCAGUUAUACGUUUCUAUUCUGCUAACUAGACAGCAAGAAUAUAGGGUAUAUUUACCACUGACCACUUCAUUUUGUACCCCACUAUGUUCUGUUUAAAUCUGUUGCUUCAUGCAUGGAAGUUAAAAAAAGUAAGAAAAUUGUUUAUCAGAAGCUGGUGAAGGCUAUAAAGUUCGAUGUCCUGCUAUCAUUAUUUCCUUGUCCACCUAUUUGUAUAUUGAAUGGAUAUUCUAUUACCAAAAUUCUGAAAACAAUGUGUUGUGCAGAUUAUAUUACCAUUAUUGGGGACAAGCUAAUUUUAAUUCGCUUGAGAUUUGGUGGUCUUGGCUUGUAACAAUGCAGAUUUGGUGCUUUCUAAAGCACUAUUUCUUCUUGAAUUUAUUUAUCCCAAUUGUAAAGUUUUCUCAAGUUCCUGAGAAAUGGAGUUUGAUAACAGUCGACAUUUAUUUAAGGAUUAUUUACUGUAGUGCCCUCUGAAAUUUCGAUUAAAUCUCAUUUUACUCCCGAAAGUUAAAGUGACCUA